AUGGAUCAAUCUGGACCUUCAGAAAACAGUCGAAAGCGAGUAGCUCUAAAUACUUCGACAAAUGAAAAGACCUUAAGUCAGUGGAUAGAGGCUGAGUUGGAGCGAGACCUCAGUGAUGUGGACGAUGAAGAAGUGGAUCCAGAUUUCUGUUUGCACAGUGAUCAUGACUCGGCUUCAGAACAAUCUGAGGAUGAAGAAACUCAAUCUCGACGACAAAGAUCACCCCGCAGUUCAGUUGCGAUGGAAGAUUCAGGUCUAUCUUCAAUACAAGAUAAUAUACACACAGAAUCCCAAAGAUACUACAUAGGCAAGAAUGGUUUUAAAUGGUCAAGCGUUGAACCAGUGAUGCGUAACUGUCCUUCACUAAGUCACAACUUGGUUGACAUACCUAGAUCACAGCCUAGAGCAUUCACCAACCUAGAAACCUUUUGGAGACAUUUUAUGGAUGACGAUAUUACUGACAAAAUAAUUGAAUAUACCAACAAAAAACUUGCCCAGAUACGGGCAUUAUAUAAAAAAUCAGGAAAAACCUGA